CAUUUCCAGAAAUUGUCUAUCACUUUGCUUAUCACUAUGCAUCCAUAUGCGAUUGUCAAAGCUGCGGCGCGCGAAGACGCGGCCUGAAAUAUUUUCUGUCGACAACGGAACGGAGCCCGCUCUAGUUUACCCAUCCACUGAUACUUCUUGAAGACAACAUGGAGUUCAUAUUUAACCACAGCUUGAGCCUGAAUGACACGUCUGGGGCGCCGGACGGUGGGCGGAGGAUGCGCCCGGCUUCGGCAUUUGUGCCCAGCACCAGCUAUUACACGCAAAAGGAGGACGAUGUGGGCCGGCCGGUGCGGCAACACAAGCCGCUCGCAAAGGGCGAGCACACGCAGCUGUCGCUGGCCAAGGUGUUUGAUGAGGACCCCGGCAUGCGCCCCAAGGUGCACGUGCCGCCGCCCGGGGGCCCGGGUGUCAACAAGCCGUCCUUCGCGCUGAACACACGCGACGUGGAGGGGGCGGCGCCCCGGCCCAAGGACAUGCCUAAGAAGCCCCGCGGCACCGACCCCAACGCGCCCGCCUACGUCCUGCCCGGCAACAGCGCUCUACACCACCCAACCCAAACCCAGACCCAGACCCAGACCCAAUCCUCAACCCAGCAGCUUGACAGCACCCACAACGGCGGCACCUCGGCGGCGGCGGCGGCUGCUAUGGCGGCGGCGACGCAGAAGUUUGACGUGUCGGACAUCAACGCGGUGCCCUCGGUGGUGGAGCGGCCGCAGCGGUUGGCUACUCGAAGUGCGGGGCUGGACGUGUCCGACAUAGAGGGCGCGGCGCCGGGUUGGGAGCCGCCCUUCCGCGCCCACGUGGGCCGCAACCUGCGAGACCCCGGCCUCAACGUGCAGGACAUCUCCGGCACCACCGCCCGCCGCCGCGCCGCCUCCGCCCGGCCAGCGGUGGGCGCCCGCGGCAGCGGCAGCGGCAUCAGCGGCAGCGGCGUGGGUAUCGGCGGCAUCAGCGGCAUCAGCGGCAGUGGCGUGGGCGUGGGCGGCUUUCCUUCGGGUCUGGAGGCGGGUCCCGGGCUCACGUCGCACGACUACGGCUCCUGGCAACACCAGAGCCAGAGCCAAUGGCAGGGGCAAGGUCAGGGGCAGCAGUGGGCACAGCAGCAGCAGCAGCAGCCAGCCUCCACCUCCUAUUCCCAACAACAGCAGCAACAGCAGCAGCAGCAGCAGCAGCAGCAAGGGGCGGUGUCGUCGCUCGGGGCCGGCGGCGGCAGUAGCUACUCGCCCGCGCCCAUGUCUUGGCAAUUCGUCCCAACCUCGGCCGCAGAUGCUGGCGGCUUCGGCAGUGGCGGCGGCGGCGCUGGGCCCACGCCGUUCGAGUUGGGAGCAGGAGCAGGAGGCGGCGGAGGAGGAGCAGGAGGAGGCGGUGACACGGGGUUCGUGCCGUCGUCGGUUCCGCCCCCGCCGCUCCACCCCGCCAUGUCGGGUGCGCCCUACGCCACCCAAAUUCCCGGCGGCGGCAUGAUGGGCGCGUUGCUGUCCUCGCGCGUGCUGUCAGCCUCCAUGUCCUCUUCAAGCUACUACUCAAACAGUAACGGUAAUGGCGGUAACGGCGGUAGCGGUAAUGGCGGCGGCGCCGCCGCCGCUGCCGCCGCGAGCAUGGUGGCGGCGGCGGCCGACCUGCCCGCCGCCACCGUUGGCCGCGCCGCGCCGGCGCGCCGCGACCCGGCGGCACGACACGUGGCCAAGCUGGCGGCGGCGGCGGCGCAGCGCGAGGCGGCGGCGGCGGCGGCCGCCGCCGCCGGCUCCCUCCGGCCCAGCCGGGAGCAGGUGGCGGCGUUUUGGGACAGCUGUCGGCGGCUGGAUCGAGAGACGUGCGGGAAGCUGAGCCCCGCGGAUUUCACGGUGGCGUUGGAGCGGGCGGGGCUGGUGCCCCACGGGUCGGCGACACGCGGCACGCCCACGCACCCCACCGCGGCGGCGCUGGCGCGCGGACUGCAGGACGGCGUGGGUAUGGUGCAGUACCGCCAGUUGGCCCGCGCGCUGGUGGCGGCCGCGCCGCCGCCGCCCGCCACCUCUGCCGCCGCCGGCGGCCGGCGGCCGCUUUCCGCCGCCGCCAGCUUUGGCGCCAGCAGCGGGCGCCCGCACUCCGCCUCCCUCGCAGCCGCUACCGGCGCCUCUUCAAUGGCGGCGGCGGCGGCGGAGGGCCUGGGCACCGCGGUGGCGGCGGUGGUGGCGGCGCGCGGCGGCGCCGCCUCGCAGCCCUCCUCGCGGCAGGCCUCCGGCGGCCGCCCCGAUGCCGGCGGCAGCCGCAGUCUAGGUGGCGGCGGCGGCGGCGGCGGCGGCGGCAGCCGCAGUCUAGGUGGCGGCGGCGGCGGCGGAAGUUUGGGCAGCACGUCCGGCGGCCGCCGCAGUGUCAACUGGGCGCCAGAGGUCGAGCAGCCGCCGCCGCCGCCUCCCGCUGCGGCUCCCGCGCCCGCUCCUGCUCCCGGGCCGGGCACCAUCACGGCUCGCUUCAAUCUGGGCGGACCGGUCGGGUACCCGGCUGCAGCGGACGCGGCAGCGGCAGCGGACACAGCCGCUUAUGGCAGUGUGCCGCCGUCGCUGCCGCCGCCGCAAGGCGGCCAGAGCCAGGGCCAGGGCCACGGCUCGCCGCGCGGCUCGACGCCUGCUAGCGCCCCCGGCACCUCCGCCACCUGGCAGCAGCAGCAGCAACAGCAACAGCCUUCGCACCAUCAUCAGUACCCUUCACACCAGCAGCAGUACCCGCAGCAGCACCAGCAGCAGCAGCCUGCGGUGCUGCCGGGUGUGGGCUGCGGCCCCAAUUGGCCGCCCGCGCCACCCGGCCCCGAGCCGCCGCAGCGCCGACCCGUACCCGCCAUCGCCGCCGCCACCGGCACGCCGCUGCCACACGAGCCGCAGCCCGGCGACACCACCUACAACCCCUACAAGGCCCAGGCCUACUGGUUCAGCGCCGCCCGACCUUCCGCCGCCGCCCCCGGUGCUUCUGCUUCUGCUUCUGCAGCAGCGGCUGCUAACGGUAGCGCUGGCGGUGGCGGCGCCGGGAACGGCAGCAGCAGCAGCAGCAGCGCGGCGGCGGCGAUGGAGGCGGCGGCGCGGGAGUACGUGCCCUCGGCCGACGUGACCGCCAGCAUUGUGGGCAAGGGCCACAACCGCUCCACCAUUCCCGGCAGUGGUGUCAUGUUGGACGCGGCCACGGAGGCGGCCAUCAUCGCGCGCAAUGGCGGCCACAACUUCGCCCGCGCCGCGCCCGCCGCUGCCGGCGGCCUGCCGCAUUCCGCGACGUACUACGGCUCCACGUACAGCGGCCCUGGUGCUGGCGCUGGUGCUGGUGCUGGCGCGGCGUCUCGCAGCUUCGGCAGCCAGGGCAGCUUUGGCGCCGGCACUGGCGGCGGCGCCGGCGGCGGCGCCGCCGUCGCGGCGGCGGCGGGCGCCGUGGUCGCUGGCGGCGGGCUGCCUGCCAACGCGCUGCGACAGAUCAUGGCGGCCACAGACGGACCGGCGCUGUCCUCGCCGGCUGAGGCGCCGUCGGCGCCGCCGCCGGGCGCCGCCUCUGCCGGAUGCACGCUGACGGGCCCAGGCGCCGCGCUGUUUGCCGCGACGCGGCCUCCGCCGUCGGGGCCCAGGAUGACGGAUGCUAGCCUAGUGGUGUCGGCGGCGAUGGCGGGGGCUGGUGGGUUCGGUGGAGGUGGGUUUGGGGGAGGUAGGCGGCCGGUGAGUGCGCCGCGGGCGGCGUCGGCGCGGCCGGCGGGGCCGCGUGUUGGACCAGUGGCGCGAGAGCGGCAGUUGCUGCGGGAUGACAUUGCGGCGGUACGAGGGCUGUACUGAUUGUGCUGGUGUCGUACUGAUGUACGGUGUUGUACUCACUGCAUUGGUGUCGUCCUGGUGGUGUGCAGGCGUAGCUGUGCUGCUGCUGGUGGUUACGGUACUUUAGUGAUGGCCGUGUGGCGCUGGGUGAAGGGACAGACUGUUUGUUUGUGAGGGAGCAUGGGAGGGGUGGUGCGUUUGGCGCAUGUGUGAGGUUUGGUUGCGCCGGGCCAGGGCGUGGGGACGCUUGGGAGAGUGCCGACGACGCUUGUUCAGGCCUGGCCGGUUGAUGCAUUCGAGUUUCGCGCACGAACCCGAGAAGACAAGAAAACGCGUACGCAUACGCAUGCAGGUAGUUUGCACGCAGUUUGAUUCUUGCAGGUUAUCUUGUGAAAUCGCUGAAAAUGGUUUUAGAGGUGGUUAAGCGGCACAUGCCAUGAUCAAAACCGGUAGUUGCUGUUGGGCUGCCGCUGUUGCUGUUGCUGUUGGGCCGCCGGCUAACCGGCUAAGCAACGGUUCGCGACGACUGCCUUUUAAACAGUUAACGAAGAUGAACUAAACAUUGGCGCAUAUGAGAAGGCAAGAGCAUGGGAACAGGUUGCCAACACAGGGCUUGGUCUGGAAGCGCGUGGCUGGGUACAAUGGGUCACGGUAACGGGCAGGUCGGCGUAGUAGCUGGGUGGGCACGCGUGUGCCUAAGUUUGCAAAGCACGUUGUUGAGCACGUGUUAAGUCAUUCAUGCGCAAAUGCGAAGGUAGCCGUUGUCAUAUUUUGAUCGACUUUAUUGAGGUUCUGUGCGGCUGUAAAGCAAAGACUGCAGGGACGAAAUCCAAGGCUUGCUUUGUUGGUACCGUAGCAGUGUAAGCUCUUGGCGCUGUGCGCACAACAACAAAACCGUGCUUUACCAACGGCCGUGAAGGCUGUGCGGCACUUGGGGACGCACAAGAAGGGAAAUAAUCUAAAAUAAUGACCGAUGACCGGAUGGCGUUAGGCCGAUAGGGACAUAGGGUUACGGCAUCUCUGCAUCAGCGGUACGUCGGUGCGACAUGCAGCCGUGCGGCUCUUGCACUGUUGCACUGUGGUUUUCUGGUCGGGUUGCCACUUGCCAGCACAC